UCGAACGGUCGCAUCUAACCAGCAGCUGCGUGUGGAAGUUAUGCAUCCAGCAGUCCAGAGUCAUGGCGUCCGUUAUCGUUGCUCUAUGAAAACAAACCAGAAAACGUUCAUCGCUCAAGAAAUAAGUGCAUAAGUAACAUUUUUCAACGGACUCAAUCUUGGGCAAAAAAACAUAAAGAUGAAGUCUGCACGAAAACAACCGCCUUCUUCGGCACGGAAGCCGAGACUAAAGCUGAGUAAUCAAAUUUCAAAGGACCCAGUACAAGUAUUUUGUCGAUUAAGACCAAUGCAAUAUCCAAGUGACAUAUCAUGCAUGAAAAUUGUAUCAGACAAAACUCUUGUUAUAACUCCACCUGAGUCUGCAAUGAACUUCAGAAAUGGCUCACAAAAAGAAAUUCAACUCACAUUUACUCACAUAUUUGGAGAAGAUGUUCAACAGAAAGAAGUUUUUAAAACAGUUUCCUUACCUUUAGUAGAGAAUCUUAUACGUGGUAGAAAUGGUUUACUUUUUACAUAUGGUGUGACAGGCAGUGGAAAAACUUAUACAAUGACAGGAGAACCCAAUGAUACUGGAAUCAUGCCUAGAUGCUUGGAUGUGAUUUUUAAUAGCAUAUCAAAUUAUCAAGCCAAAAAGUUUGUGUUCAAACCAGAUAAACUUAAUGGUUUUGAUGUUCAAAGUGAUACAGAUGCUCUACUUGAUAGACAAAGUGAACUCCAUGCAGGACUCAUAACUCCUCGUAACCCUAAAACUCCAAGAAGUCGAAAACUAGAAAGUGACGCUGAAAGUAAUCCAAUGAUGAGCAGAGAAACAGAUGAUUCAAAAAAUAUUAGUGUUGAUAAUGAUUAUGUAUAUGCUGUGUUUGUAACAUACAUUGAAAUUUACAAUAACAGCGUUUAUGAUCUUCUUGAAGAAGAAGAAGUCAGAGCAAAAACACUGCAAAGUAAAAUUAUCAGGGAAGAUGGAAAUAAAAAUAUGUAUGUGCAUGCAGUAACGGAAGUAGAAGUUAAAAGCUCAGAUGAAGCUUUUGAAGUAUUUCAACGAGGCCAGCGUAGACGGCGCGUAGCACAUACUGCCCUAAAUGCUGAAUCUAGUAGAUCACACAGUGUUUUUACUAUACGUUUGGUUCAAGCACCAUUAGAUGGGGAAGGAGAACAAGUUUUGCAAGAUAAACGAGUUGUCUGCGUUAGCCAAUUAUCAUUGGUAGAUCUUGCUGGAAGUGAACGAACCAACAGAACAAAAAAUACUGGUCAGCGACUUCGUGAAGCUGGAAAUAUUAACAACUCUCUUAUGACAUUACGUUCUUGCCUUGAAAUAUUACGUGAAAAUCAAACUCAAGGUACUAACAAAAUAGUACCUUAUCGUGACUCCAAACUCACACAUUUGUUUAAAAAUUAUUUUGACGGUGAGGGUCAGGUACGCAUGAUAGUUUGUGCAAAUCCAAGAGCUGAUGACUAUGAUGAAACUAUACAAGUAAUGAAGUUUGCUGAAAUGACUCAAGAAGUCCAGAUUGCAAGACCUACUGUAACUAAGUUAGAUCUUGGCUUUACUCCUGGUAGACGACAAGCUAAUAAAAUAUUCAAAGAAGCACGAGCUAGAUUAGAAAAAGAAGGUCACGCAGAAGCUGCUAAUCUUGAUAUAGACAUUGGUUUAGUUUACAGUCUUGGAGGGCCAUUUCCUGAUUUGGAGAUUGAUAAUCCUCAUAAUGACCAAGUAAUAUUAAAUUUAAUGACCUACUUAGAACAACGAAUAAACAAACGCAAUUUACUUCGAGCUGAUUUAGAACAAAAAGAAAUUGAAUUCCGCAAAAGAUUAGUUGCUAUUGAACAAGAAAAUAAUAAUUUCCGACUAGAAAAUGCGCACUUGAAAGCUGCUGGAAUGUCUCAUAAGAAAAAAAUUUCAGCUUUAGAAGCACAUAUUUCACUAUCGGAAGCUCAGAUAGAUAAAUUGAUGAAUAAAUUAUGUACAGCAAAUGAAACAAUUAAAAGUUUAAAACACGAAUUAAAGGAGAGAAAUUUAGCACUAAAUCAGGGCCUGAUUGAUAAGCAGAGAGUGAAACAGAAGUAUUCAACAAAAAUUCAACAUGAAACUGACAAGAUAAAAAGUGAAUUUGAACUAAAAUCAAAAGCUCAACAUGAACAACUUCAGAAUCAAAUUCGUGAUAAAGAAGACAAACUGCGUCUCGUCAAACAAAUUCUUGACGAUGAAGAAAAAGCUACCAUACCUGUUUUGAAAGAUAGCAGUGAUAGCAGUGAACCCAGACAAACCAAAACACCAGGCAGACUCAAUCAUCAAUCCCGCAAGGAACGAGCUGGGGUUGCGAAUCCUCGUUACCGGCGCUCGCAAAGUGCCGAUCGUUGGGUGGAUCACCGUCCAGAAAGUUUAGUUCCUGUAGGAACUGUAUUGCAACCUCUUAUGAGACGCAGAAGAAGUAUCACUAAAUUAACAAGUCCAAAAGAGAUUACCGAUGGUGCAUCAAGAUAUUGCCUUACUGCUCAGAAUCACGAUUCAGAGGGUGAACUCGAAACAAAAUUAUAUAAAGCUGACAUUUUACCUACCAGUGGAGGAGGAGCUCAAGUAGUUUUUAAUGAUGUUGAAUGUCUUAAACAACUAUCGCCUGAUGGUCAUCGUAAACGUAGUAAUAAUGAACGAAUGGAUAAGGAAAAUAAAAACCAUGAGUUACAAGCUGUUUAUCAAGAAAUAAUGUCAAAGCGAGCUAGAAAAUGAGUGAUCUGGUAAUUAUUUCUUUUAAAUGUGUGUCUGAAGAGUAGAUGUGUUUUUAUAUACUUUUAUAAAUUAUUUUUACUUAUUUAAGUAUCAUAUGUGCUUAAUUGUACGCAAGUUAUUUAUAAAGAAUGCACGACGAAUCGAUGUAUAAUUACUGAAAAUCAAUUUAUGUUCAGUAAUAGACUAAAA